AAACGGUGCGUUUUGGUGGUGUGAGAAAAACGAUGUAAAGGACGACGGCACACGGAGGAAAUAAAACGCUGCGUUUUGACGAUAGGGAAAACAGAAACGGAGAAUGCGAGACGCUGCUUCUCACACUGAGACCAGGAAACGGAAAAGUGGCCAUCAUAAGAACGGACUGCUGGCUCACUCAACACCGAAGACGACGCUCAGGAGCAAAAUCCUCGAGACUUUUUCUCUCUCUCGCGUCCCUGGAAUAUCCAAGAAGAAAGCUCAUAGAAGCUCUCCUUUUCUCUGGAGGUCAUCGUUUUUCUAGUACUUUUCUUUCACAAUUCAUACGUGAUUGAUUCCUACAAAUCAUUGUUUUCUUGGUUAUCUGUUUGGAAAAGGAAGGAGUUGUGAUGGGAUUUUGAAUUUCGUCAAGAAAUGAUUGGAGUUUCUAUCACUUAAAAAAACAAUUCUACCUCUAAAUUUCUUCCCAGUACCAGAUCGGCGUUUUGAGCACACAUUUUCUUGGAUGCAAUGGAACUCUUCGAAAGCUCUUUGCCCCUGUGCCCUAGACAUCAGCAUUGCUCACUGUGGGCUUGGAGAUUUAUGAAAUUUUGUCUUUGUAGUGUGAAGGAUGAAAUUUCUUUAACGCUUGGUGUGAUUAGUGUUAUCAGUUGGGCCAUUGCUGAGAUACCUCAAAUUAUUACAAACUACAAGGAAAAAUCCUCAGAGGGCCUCUCCAUUGCUUUUCUCAUGACAUGGAUAGUAGGAGAUCUUUUCAACGUUUUAGGCUGCUUUCUGGAACCUGCUACUCUUCCAACCCAAUUCUAUAUGGCGGUGUUAUAUACAAUAACUACUCUGAUUCUUACUGCACAAUCCAUAUACUAUGGUCACAUCUAUCAUCGAUUGAAAUCCGGUAGAUGGUACCACAAGGAGAUCAAGCCUAACCAGACUGGGACAAUCAAUAAGAAUAGAGAGGACAAUAACAGUGCUGGUGGGAGACAAGUUUCUGAUGGACUAAAAAAUGAGUCUAAUGUUUUUGGAGAAGUUCCUCUGAGUUCACCGAUCCCCGUCAAUCUUCCAGCCAGUCCUAGAAAUAUCUCUCCUUCAAGAGAAUUAUACUACAUGUCUGCAAGAUCUCUAUCAAAGAGUCAUGCCCCUGCAAUGGGAUCUUUUUUAGCACAGAGAAAAACAUCUCCCUCAGUUCAUGAUUCAAAUUCCCUUGAAGAGCCCUUACUCAGUAGUGUAGUUCUGUCACAAUCUGCACCGGCAUCAACCACUAAAUCCAUGCUUUCUAUGCUCUCAGCAACAAUGUUCUUCCUCGGCUGUUUUAAUUUCCUUCCAUCUGAAAACAACAGAGAUGGGAUUGCUGCAGAGAAACCAAACCAAGGAGGCAUUGCGCUAAAAGUAGGAAGAACACUUCUGCAGCUAAGUGAAGGUGGAGGGAACAGUGGGAUUGGGACCUUUCUCGGAUGGUCAAUGGCAGCUAUUUACUUGGGCGGACGGCUUCCCCAAAUUAUUUUAAAUAUCAGAAGGGGCACGAUUGAGGGGCUUAAUCCAUUAAUGUUCCUCUUUGCUUUAACUGGAAAUGCUACAUAUGUAGGAAGCAUACUGGUGAGCAGCUUGGAUUGGUCAAAAAUCAAACCAAAUCUACCGUGGUUGGUGGAUGCAGGAGGAUGUGUGCUUCUUGAUGCUUUCAUUUUAACCCAGUUCAUCCAUUUCCACUCUCGAACUCCAGAAGACCAAGAGAAUAAGGAUGGAAACUUCAAUGCAGCUUAGCUGGUCACAAAAUUGUUAUCAUGUUUAUCAUGUUAUCUGUCUUAUGCGCACAGGUUGCACUGAGCAUCAUGGAACAGAUUACCUACGGGUGAGGCAUUAAUUGCACAGAAUGGGGGUUCCCUUUGGUCUGCAGGUGCUACUCAUAGUAUUUUUCUUCUACCAUCCUGGUUUGAUCUGCAGAUGCUACUCUUAGUUGAAUACAGAGCCCCAUGAUAAAAGAAUAAUUGGCAUACUGGGGUUGUACAGAUCUCACUAGCCUUUUCUUUUUCCAGGUCUUCUUCAGUACAAUUUUCAAUUCUAGCAAUCGCAACAGUGACUUGGUAGUUUUAUCCAAGUGAUAACACUUCUUUUACCAUUAAUUCACGUUUGCAGCUAAAUUUUCAAUGGUGUUUAUUACUUAUGAAAACAAAUUGUCAAUUGUCUUA